GUUUGCCGAUCGGCUACAUCUUUUGUCUGCCAUUUAACAACAUUGUUAACAGUGGAGUGUAAAAGUUUAAUAGAUGAGUUAUGAUAAAAACUACAUGAUUUUCGUGUUUACCCAUGUAAUUUAUUAAUUCAUCCAAUAUGAGCGAUAUACGGAACAUAUUUUCAAAAAUGUCAUCAAAAGCAACAACAAAUGGGGAUGCUGGCGAUGAUGAACCUGCAGCUUCAGCUGCUCCUGCGAAGUCAUCGAAAAAAGCUGAUACAAUUGAGAAGAUCUACCAGAAGAAAUCUCAGCUGGAACACAUCUUGCUCCGUCCUGAUACCUAUAUUGGAUCUGUAGAAAAAGUCACUGAGCAGAUGUGGAUCUGGGAUAAGGACAAGGAAUGUAUGGAACAAAAAGAUGUUGAAUACGUACCUGGGUUGUAUAAAAUCUUUGAUGAAAUAUUAGUGAAUGCUGCUGACAACAAACAGAGAGAUAAAACUAUGGAUUGCAUCAAAAUUGAAGUGAAUGCUGAAGAUAACGUGAUAUCUGUUUGGAAUAAUGGCAAAGGCAUCCCUGUCACUAUACACAAAGAAGAGAAAAUGUAUGUUCCAUCAAUGAUAUUUGGUCAUUUGCUAACCUCAUCAAACUACAAUGAUGAGGAAGAAAAAGUGACAGGCGGUCGCAAUGGUUACGGAGCAAAACUGUGCAAUAUAUUCAGCACAAAAUUCACUGUUGAAACUGCUAGCAAAGAGUACAAAAGGCAAUUCAAACAGACAUGGGCUAGCAAUAUGACCAAAACGUCUGAGCCUAAGGUGAAAGAAUUUUCUGGAGAAGACUACACAAAGAUUACAUUCAGUCCAGAUCUGACGAAGUUCAAGAUGGACAAGUUGGAUGAUGGUAUUGUUGGAAUUAUUUGUAGGAGAGCAUUCGAUGUGGCUGCAUCGACAAGAGGCGUAAAAGUAUUUCUAAAUGGCAAAAGAGUACCAGUGAAAACAUUCAAGGACUACAUUGACAUGUAUAUAAAAGGCAAGGAGGAUGACUCGGGCAAUAAUUUGAAGGCCAUUCAUGAGACAUGCAACGAGCGAUGGGAGAUCGGGCUCACAGUAUCCGAUAAAGGCUUCCAGCAAAUGUCAUUUGUCAACAGUAUUGCGACUACUAAGGGUGGUAGACAUGUAGAUUAUGUUGUUGAUAUGAUUGUUAAGCAGCUAAUUGAGGUGCUCAAAAAGAAAAAUAAGGGAGGAAUAAACAUAAAACCUUUCCAAGUAAAGAACCACAUGUGGGUAUUCAUAAAUUGUCUGAUCGUCAACCCAACAUUUGACUCGCAAACUAAAGAAAACAUGACCUUGCAAAUGAAAAGUUUUGGGUCCAAAUGUACUCUGAGUGAAAAGUUCAUCAACCAAGUAACAAAAAGCGGUAUAGUAGAAUCUGUAUUAAGCUGGGCGAAGUUCAAAGCUCAGAAUUUAUUGGAGAAGAAAGGUGGCAAGAAACAAGUCAAGCUAAAGGGUAUUCCAAAAUUGGAAGAUGCAAAUGAAGCUGGAGGCAAAAACGCACUUAAAUGUACAUUGAUUCUCACUGAGGGUGACUCAGCCAAAAGUACAGUAGUAUCGGGCUUGGGUGUUGUCGGUAGAGAUUACUAUGGUAUAUUCCCAUUGAAGGGUAAAAUCCUGAACGUACGAGAAGCUACGCACAAACAGAUUUUGGAGAAUCAGGAAAUUAAUAAUAUUAUCAAGAUUCUUGGGCUGCAGUACAAAAAGAAAUACAAUUCUCAAGCUGUCGCCAACCUGCCAGUGAUCGUGUCCAAGAUCCCACAAAUCCCUUUCAUUCUGCUCCGCUAUAUAGACGGAAUGUAUACGGCCGGAUCCCAAACACAGUCACCAACCACUGUACGAACAAACCUAUUGAUAAGUCUACAAUAAAAUGAUGAUCUGAAGUCCUUGCGAUAUGGCAAAGUGAUGAUCAUGACAGAUCAGGAUCAAGAUGGAUCACAUAUCAAGGGUUUGUUCAUCAACUUCAUACAUCACAACUGGCCCGAGCUGUUGAAGCAGAAUUUCAUCGAACAAUUUAUCACGCCCAUCGUGAAAGCACGGAAGAAGAAUGAAUGUAUUUCAUUCUAUUCUCUACCAGAAUUCGAGGAGUGGAAAGCAUCAACCCCUAAUCAACAUACGUAUUCUAUCAAAUACUACAAAGGUUUGGGUACCUCGGACAGAGCCGAAGGCAGAGAGUACUUCGCAAACAUCGAUCGGCACAGGAUCAGGUUCAAGUAUACCGGCCAAUCGGACGACGACCACAUCAUGUUAGCUUUCAGUAAAAAGUACGUCGAACACAGAAAGGAGUGGUUGACGAACUUCAUGGUCGAAUCCAGAAGACGGAAGGAGAUCGGCCUUCCCGAGAAGUAUCUGUAUGAGAAGGAUACUAGAGUGGUGACAUACACGGAUUUCAUCAAUCAAGAGUUGAUCUUGUUCUCGAAUAUGGAUAAUGUCCGUUCGAUACCAAGUAUGGUGGAUGGAUUUAAGCCUGGGCAGAGGAAAGUAUUGUACGUCUGCUUGAAACGUAAUGACAAAAGAGAAAUGAAGGUCGGCCAGCUGGUAGGUUCUGUUAUGGAAAAGGCGGCUUACCAUCAUGGUGAAAUGUCAUUAUCCAUGACUAUUAUUAACAUGGCGCAGAACUUCGUGGGAAGCAAUAACAUUAAUCUUCUGGAACCUAAAGGUCAAUUCGGCACAAGGUUAGUCGGUGGUAAAGACUCUGCCAGUCCGAGGUACAUCUUCACCAAACUGUCACCUUUGACGCGUCUGAUAUUUCAUCAACACGACGAUCCCCUCCUAAAAUACGAAUAUGACGAUAACCUAAAAAUCGAACCCUUCUGGUUCUGUCCUAUCAUCCCUAUGCUGUUGGUAAAUGGUGCUGAAGGUAUUGGAACUGGUUGGAUGACUAAGAUACCAAACUACAACCCCAGGGAACUCGUUAGUAACCUUAGGAAGUUGAUAGAGGACGAGGAACCGAAAGAGCUCAUUCCUUGGUACAAGAAUUUUAAAGGUACGAUCGAGUACUGCGGAGAUGGCCGAUACGUGUGCAGCGGCGAGGUUUCGAUUCUCGAUGACGACAAAUUAGAAAUAACGGAAUUGCCGGUGGGAACAUGGACGCAGGCUUACAAGGAGAAUGUGCUAGAACCGAUGUUGCAUGGCUCGGAAAAGACAAAAGCAGUAUUACAGGAUUACAAGGACUAUUCUACGGAUACAACGAUCAAGUUUGUGAUCACAACUCUGCCAGGACAGUUGCGCGAAAUGGAAAGAGAGGGCUUGCAUAAGGUGUUCAAGCUGCAAUCGAUGAUCGGUACCGGCUCAAUGUGUGCUUUCGACGAAUACGGAAGCUUAAAGAGGUACGAUUCUGUAAUGGUGAUCCUCCAAGAAUUCUACCAGCUCCGUCUGACUUACUAUCAGAAGCGUAAGGUGUUCCUGGAAGGGAUGCUGCAAGCGGAAGCAGAUAGACUCACAGACCAGGCGCGCUUCAUCAUGGAGAAAUGCAAUGGAGAACUGGUGGUGGAGAACAAGAAACGGAAAGUGAUAGUAGAAGAGUUAAUCCGGCGAGGAUAUAAGCCGGAUUCAGUGAUGGAGUGGAAGAAGAAGAAUAUGGAGGCUGAAGAAGAGGAGGAAUCAUCCGAAGCAGCCGCAGAGGCAACUGAAUCUCAAGAAGAAGAGACCGAAGUGGAAUCUGAAGCGGCUAAGAAAAAGAAAAAUGCGCCGAUGUCAGAAAAAACUCAUCCAGACACAAAGAAAUUUGACUACCUCCUUGGUAUGUCUAUGUGGAUGUUGACUGAUGAAAGAAAAAACGAAUUACUCAGGCAGAAAGAAGCCAAACUGACUGAAUUGGAUACGUUGAAACGAAAAAGCAACAAGGAUCUCUGGAGGGAGGAUUUAGAUCUAUUCAUAGACGAACUCGACAAAUAUGAAAAGAAAGAAUUGGAUGCUGAACAGAAGGAGGUUAAGAACAAAAUCAAAAAGGAAGUGGGUAGGAAAAGGCAAGCCUUAAUUGAAACAAUGCCCAGUCCAAUGGCUCAACGAGUAGUUCCGACAAUCAGUGAAGACAUUAAGAAAAAGAUACAAACGGCGAUAAAACAGAAAGAGAACAGAAUGAAGAAGGGCAUCAAAAAAGAGAACAUCACAGAAGAGGAUGAAGAUGAAUUUGACGGUAUGGUGAAGAGUAAGAAGACGCUUGCGGACAAGCUAGGUUCUCCUGAUGAAGUCGAGAAGAAAGUAAGGAAGAAGAAGACUGCAGGGGAUGGAUUGAAACAGACAAAACUCAAAUUCCCUAAAGCAUCAUCUAACGGAAAAGGAAAGGGCGGUGAUAUGAGCGAUGACGAUGGCGAUGUCGCAAUCGUUGAUGAUUGCUCAGACGAGGAGUUGAGAGAUGGCGUUAAGUUAUCGAAUUCUGGAAAGAAGGAGCGAGUAUUAAGCAGAAGAGCCGCCACCAAGGUGACCAGAUACACCUUGUCGGACGAUUCGGAUGAGAAAUUCUCUGAUGACGAACCAGAACUAUUUGAGAAUGAACAUGUCAAAGAAAAGUCAAUACAGCAAGAGAAGAUACUUAGCUCGGAUGAAGAAGCAGAAGACAAACCUCCUCCGAAGCAUGAAACGUCAGAAGAUAUGUUCGAUUCGUUAAUAGGUAGGAAAAAGAGUACUGAUCAAGAAAAGUCACCGUCACCUUCACCUCAACCAAGCAGUAAAAGAAAAAAAGGUUCAGAUUCUGACGAUGAUUUCAACCCUAAGAAAAACAAAGCUUUUUCCAGUGACGACGAUGACGAUUUCACGUUCGGCAAGAAAAACAAUCCUCCUAAAGAAGAACCUAAAAAGCGAGGUCCAAAGAAGAAAAAGUUGGAUGACGAAAAUGCGCCGAAAAAGGCAAAAACGACAAAGAAAAAGAAAUCUGCAGACUCUUCAGACGACGAGUUUGAUGUGGCCAAGGAGAAACCUAAAAGAGGUAAAAAAAAGAAAGUCGCCGAAGACACAUCUGAUGACGAGUUUGCUGUGAGCACAGUCAAGGGUAAAAAGGGUAGGAAAAAGAAGAAGUCUGCCGAGUCUUCUGACGAUGAAUUUAAUGUUGACAAAGCUGAUAAGGAUUCAGAUGUGGAGAUAACGAGUAGUACGGAAGUUGCAAAGCCUGCGAGAACUGGCAGAGCAGUAGCAGCAAAGUCGAAAUAUACUUUCAGUGAUUCCGAUGAAUCAUUCUAAUUAACAUUGUCUAAUUAUAUGUCCACUCAUUUCCACAUUAUUUAUUUUUAUGUCGAUAUUAUAAGAUGUCCAACAGUUUUAGAGUUGUGAUUCGUAUUUCAUUUUUAAUAAAUACCGUUUUUUAAU